UUCUACGUGACUAUCUUUUUAUUCUAACAGAACUUUCAACAUUCAACAACCUUCACCAUUUUAUUCUUAGCUUUCUCAAACCACAGAGAUAUCUAUAAAUUACAACCUCUCUCUGUCUUUGCCAAAGUAGUUAGUUUCACGCUUCCAGGUUGACAUAUAUACUCAUACGCAGCUUUUGUGAGAAGAAAAAGGAUUAGAAUUGAGGACUGUGUUUUAUUCUAGGAAACACUUUGAAUUACAAGAUCAAUUCAAGGAAGUUUCAAACCAAGAUGGAGAAUGGUUUCAAAUAUGAACGUGAAACGGAGCCUCCUUCCAGUUUUGCCCAGCGCAAGGUUGACCCAGGGAAACCAGCUCCACUGACUUGGCAACGGAAGUUAAAUUAUCUAGGAAAUGUUCCUUCACAGUUUGGAUUGACAUUACAAGAGAAAUUGCAUUUGGCUCCUAUAGGCAUUCGAUUAUUCCGUCAUGCCAAGGAAGAAGCAGCAAAAGGAAGAAUGGCAAUAUUUGAUUUUUUCAGUAGGCGCACCAUUGCAGGUCAUCAUGGUGUUUCUUUAGGUGGUAUUGGUGCAGGAAGCAUUGGAAGAAGCUACAGAGGCCAGUUUCAACGCUUUCAACUGUUCCCUAGAAUAUGUGAAGAAAGCCCCAUUUUAGCAAAUCAAUUCUCUGUUUUUGUUUCACGCCCAAAUGGUGGAAAAUUCUCAAGUGUAUUAUGCACUGAAAGCCCAAAGGUACCCAAAGAUGACACUGCUUCUGGUAUUGAAACUUGGGAUUGGAAUUUGAAUGGCGAGAAGUGUACAUACCAUGCUUUGUUUCCAAGGGCUUGGACAACCUAUGAGGGUGAACCUGACCCAGAACUUACAAUUGUUUCUCGACAAAUUUCACCUUUUAUUCCCCACAAUUAUAAGGAGAGCAGUUUCCCAGUAUCAGUAUUUACUUAUACGUUGUCUAAUAAAGGAAGGACUUCUGCAGAUGUCACCUUGGUCUUUACAUGGGCUAAUUCUGUAGGUGGGAACUCUGGAUUUUCUGGUCAUCACUUCAACUCAAAGAUGGUGGCGAAAGAUGGAGUGCGUGGAGUACUUUUACACCACAAGGCUGUAAAUGAUCAACCUCCAGUUACUUUUGCAAUUGCUGCACAAGAAACAGAUGGUGUUCAUGUCUCUGAGUGUCCUUGCUUUUUGAUUUCUGGUGAUUCCCAUGGCAUCACGGCUAAAGACAUGUGGCAUGAAAUUAAAAAGCAUGGGUCGUUUGAUCACCUUGACCACGUUGAAACUCCAAUGCCUUCAAAACCAGGAUCAUCUAUUGGAGCAGCCAUAGCAGCCUCUGUAACAAUACCUUCUGAUUCCAUCCGUACUGUCACGUUUUCAUUGUCAUGGGACUGCCCAGAAUUGAGGUUUAGUCAAAAGACUUACCACAGGCGCUACACCCGAUUUUAUGGCACUCAUGGGGAUGCUGCAGCAAGUAUUGCACAUGAUGCUAUUCUUGAGCAUGCCCAUUGGGAAUCCCAAAUUGAAGCAUGGCAAAGACCAAUUCUUGAAGACAAAAGGCUUCCUGAAUGGUACCCAAUCACUCUCUUCAAUGAGCUCUAUUAUCUCAAUACAGGGGGGACAAUAUGGACAGAUGGAUUACCUCCAAUACAGAAUUUAGGAACCAUUGGUGAGAGGAAGUUUUGCCUUGAUAGUCCCAAAUCAAAUUGUACAAAUACAGUUGAUAUGUCCCAUCAAAAUGACACUGCUGUUGAUAUCCUUGAAAGGAUGGCAUCCAAACUCGAGCAAUGUCAUACUCCAGUAGCAUCAAAUUCAGCCUUUGGAACCUACUUGCUCCUAGAUGGAGAGGAAAAUAUUGGCCAGUUUCUUUACCUUGAGGGAACAGAAUACCUUAUGUAUAACACUUAUGAUGUCCACUUCUACUCGUCUUUUGCACUACUCAUGUUAUUCCCAAAACUUGAACUUAGCAUCCAGAGAGACUUUGCAGCAGCAGUAAUGAUGCAUGAUCCUGAAAGGAUGAAAAUUAUGAGUGAUGGAAUGUGGGUUCCAAGAAAGGUUCUUGGUUCUGUACCCCAUGAUAUUGGGCUCAAUGACCCUUGGUUCGAAAUAAAUGCUUAUAACUUGUUCAAUUCAUCUAGGUGGAAAGACUUGAAUUCUAAGUUUGUUCUCCAAGUUUACAGGGAUAUGGUAGCUACGGGUGAUAAAAAUUUUGCACAAGCUGUCUGGCCCUCGGUCUUUGUAGCAAUGGCUUAUAUGGAUCAGUUUGAUAAAGAUAGAGAUGGGAUGAUUGAGAAUGAGGGAUUCCCUGAUCAGACUUAUGAUGCGUGGUCUGUUAAGGGUGUGAGUGCAUAUAGUGGUGGGCUUUGGGUGGCAGCCCUCCAGGCUGCUUCAGCCAUGGCAUAUGAAGUAGGUGAUAAGGCAUCAGCUAAUCACUUUUGGGUUAAGUAUCAAAAGGCAAAAGCUGUAUAUGACACAUUAUGGAACGGUUCUUACUUCAAUUAUGACAAUAGUGGUGGUAGUUCAAGUGCAUCUAUUCAGGCCGAUCAAUUAGCUGGACAAUGGUUCACUGCAGCAUGUGGUCUUUCUCCAAUUGUUGACGAAGGCAAGAGAAGGACAGCACUUGAAAAGAUUUAUAAUUACAAUGUCUUAAAGGUGAAGGGAGGAAUGCGUGGAGCAAUUAAUGGGAUGCUGCCAAAUGGAAAGGUUGAUUUGUCUGCAAUGCAAUCAAGAGAAAUUUGGUCUGGAGUUACAUAUUCUCUUGCUGCUACAAUGAUUCAAGAGGAAAUGCUGGAAAUGGCAUUUCAGACUGCUGUUGGUGUCUAUGAAACAGCCUGGUCCCAAGAAGGUCUUGGUUAUUCUUUUCAAACACCAGAAGGCUGGAACAACAACGACCAGUACAGAGCUCUUUCUUACAUGCGGCCAUUGGCCAUAUGGUCAAUGCAGUGGGCCUUGUCAGAGCCGAAGCUCAGUAAAACGGAGUUCAGACUUGAAGCAAGCCAGGACCAUAGUCACCAUGCAGGGUUUGAGAAAGUUGCACGCCUUCUAAAGUUGCCAAAGGAGGAAUCUGCUAAAAGUUUGCUACAAAUUAUUCAUGAGUACACCUGCAAGAGAUUGUGAUUCUAUUGGCAACUAUUUUUCAUCAUGAGAUUGUAAUUUAAUUAAAGGGUGUAGAAGUACAAGCCUGAUUGAGCUGUAAUCAUCUAAUAUGUUACUGCAUUUUUGGACUUUCAAUUUUACAUAACAAAUUAUUUACCUGUUAGUGACCAAAUAUAUAACAACUUUUCUAUUUUAAUAAGAUCCAUUCAUGAAAAGUUAUUAAAUUUUA